UAUGGAUGUGUGCUGAUGGACUCCCACUUGCAAACCGCCUCGAGUUGUAAUUACAGAAUAUUUUAACAGAGCUGUUGACAUUUUAGAAGCAAGGCAAGAAUCUGGAUGUCAAAACGUUUUAGAAAAUAGUUACCACAAGCUUUCUGUAUAUGCUGAUAAACUGUACAGAGAUGUCCGUCAAUAUCUAGAAUCUGACAUCAUUCAGUCAAAGAGGGAGAAUAUUGCUAGAUCAAGAAAAGAAAUAGAGAAACUAGAAAAUUUAAGUGUGAAAGCACAGGAUUUAACUGAAAAGAAAGACUUAAUAAGAAAGCUAAGUAUUCUCCAGAAAAAUAUUGAUAUUGACAAAAAUGUCUUGGCUGACUUAAAAAAGGAGCAAGAAGAGUUCCUCUUCCUAGCUCUUCAGAAUUAUUUGAAGUGCCUUCUAGUGUCUCAUGAUUAUGACUUACACCUGUAUCGUACUGUUGCCCUUUGGACUGAGAACCUUGAAAAUGCUAACAUUAAUAAAUUGAUGAACACAUAUGGAAUAAAGAUAAAAAGCCACAAGUUUGUACCACUGUUAUAUCAACUUGUUGCCAGGCUAACUUGUGUAGCAGAUGAAAAGAAGCAACUGUUUUUGAAAACUCUUCUUAAUAUUUUAGAGCGUAUAUGUCUGGAGCACCCACAUCAUAGCCUCCCAGUUGUUAUGGCAUUGGCAAAUGCCCAUGCUGAUGAUGAUAUUUUGAAAGACUCCCGUAGCAGCAGUAGCCGGAAGAAAUUACAGCAAGCCCAGGGGGUUGAAGAGGGUCGAGUUCAGGCUGCAAAGCUUCUGAUAAAUAAAUUAAAGAAGACAGAACUGGGUAGUCAUGUUGCAGAGCUUGAGAAAAUUUCAUUAGCAUAUCUUGUCUUAGCAAACUGGUCUGAUGGUGCAGAUAAACAUAAUGCAGGAGACAAGGUUAGGAUUCCUGGUAAUCAGCCAUUGAUGAAUAUUAAAAACAUACAGUAUACUAGUGCUCUUACUCGCCCUCUUGUGCUUCAACCCUCUGGUCAUUACGAUCCUCCAGUUAUAUCUUCUUGGGAAAAUCAGUGCAUGUUUGUAGGAGGAGUUAAUGCUCCUAAACGUCUGACUGUUAAAACCUCUGAUGGGCUGUCCCAGUUUGAACUUUUGAAGGGCAGAGAUGACAUACGACAAGAUGCUGUCAUGCAACAGGUGUUUGGUAUAGUAAAUGAAUUAUUAUGCAAAAAUCCUGAUACCAGAGAGAGAGCUCUUUCUGUGCGUACUUACAAAGUGUUACCACUUUCACAAAAGAGUGGUCUUAUCCAGUGGUGUAACAAUACACAGGCAUUUGGAGAAUAUCUUAUAGGCAGUGAUAAGAAAUCUGGUGCCCACAAAUUAUACUACCCAGAUGAUUACAAUGCUCAAAAAUGCAGACAACUGAUGACACAUGCAAGGACUGCAAAGACUGAGUCACUUGAAGUGAGGUAUAAUGUGUUCCAGGAUAUUUUGAAUAAUUUCCAUGCAGUCUUCAGAAACUUUUUCUUUGAGAACUACCCUUCACCUCAUGAAUGGUAUAAGCGCCGUCUAGCAUAUACUCGCUCAGUUGCAACAAAUUCAAUGGUCGGAUACAUUUUAGGUCUUGGUGAUCGACAUGUUGAAAAUAUCUUACUUGAUAAAUCCAGUGCUGAACUUAUCCACAUUGAUUUAGGAAUAGCUUUUGACUUUGGAAAGAUUCUCCCAACUCCUGAAACAGUUCCCUUCAGACUGACACAGGAUGUCCGUGAUGGGCUAGGUGUGUUAGGAGUUGAAGGUCCUCUACGGCAGUGCUGUGAAGCCACCUUACGUGUCCUUAGAAGCUCAGCAGAGGUGUUGGUUACUGUUGUGGAGGUGCUGAGGCAUGAUCCACUGUACCAGUGGACACUGUCACCACAGCAAGUAGCUCGUCUGCAAGAUGAAUAUGGUCAGGGAAUAGAUAUUAACUCUGCAUCUAUGGCGGACAGAGUAGUAUUGAGACUGCAGCAGAAACUAGCUGGCUUUGAAGAUGGUUUUUCUAGGAAUGUGUCAGAGCAGGUAACAGUCCUUAUACAGCAAGCAACAAAUGAAUCAAAUCUCAGUAGACUUUUCCCAGGUUGGCAGCCCUAUAUCUGAAUUGGUAUUAAUGGCAAAUUCUUUUAUUUAAAAAAAGUUCUUGGCCGGAAGAAUAUAUUUUUCAUUCUAAAGUUUUCAUUCCUGAUAUAACAUUUUUUGAAGGUCAGUCGAUGUAUUACACACAUUUUGAAAAUAAAGUGAGAUUGCU